GCUCCGGAGCCCGGGGACGGCCCGGCCCUGCCCGGCAGCGGCCGGGGAAGGCGCGCUGGGGGGAGCUGGGCCCCUUCGCCCCCUGCCGGCCUCUCGGCCCCGGAGAAACCAGCCGCGACCUCCCACGCGGGCGAGCGGUCUCCCCGAUCCCCUCCCCGCGCUCGCGGGAGCUGGUAGCUCCAGCAGCCAGAGCAGAAAUGCACUUUUCGGGACCUGGCUGUUAGCAGAGUGUGCUACGGCGCACCCGACUUCCGGUCACUAACUCGUUCUGCGUCUUUAUGUAGAAAUAUGACUCAAAGAACCGGGUUCCUGUUUUGCUGGCUAAUCCAGAGGCUACAGUUUCCGCAGCUGCUGCUUUUGGAUGUUACCUGCCACGCCAUUGUCUGCUGCUUGUUGCAACCUGGCCUUGAAAGAAGUGACAGCGUUUUCUAUCUUUCCAGUAACAAGUCAAGCCACGAGCAGGGUUCUUGUGAAAAAGAAGUUAGAUUAGCCUCGUCUCUCGACUUUUGGACUCUCUCCUCUGAAAACUUUAUAGCUAUGUUGCCAGUUGAUCCUGUUAAAGAAAAUUAUGUUCGUAAAGUGAAAAACUGUGUUUUUUCAAUUGCCUUCCCUACUCCUUUCAAAUCAAGAGUACGUCUUGUAGCAGUUUCAAAGGAAGUUCUAGAAGAUAUUUUGGACCUUGAUUUAUCUGUUUCGGAAACAGAUGAUUUUAUCCAGCUUGUAAGUGGAGAAAAGAUACUAUUUGGAUCCGUUCCAUUGGCUCACAGAUACGGUGGCCACCAGUUUGGGAUAUGGGCAGAUCAGCUUGGGGAUGGAAGAGCCCAUCUUAUUGGAAUUUACAUGAACAGAAAAGGUGAAAAGUGGGAGCUCCAAUUAAAAGGCUCAGGAAAGACCCCAUAUUCUCGUCACGGUGACGGCCGAGCCGUGCUUCGCUCCUCAGUGAGAGAAUUUUUGGGUAGUGAGGCUGUGCACCAUCUUGGAAUUCCAACCAGCAGAGCUGCGAGUCUGGUUGUAAGUGAUGAUGAAGUAUGGCGGGAUCAGUUCUACGAUGGAAAUGUUGUGAAAGAACGAGCUGCAGUAGUGCUGCGCGUGGCGAAAUCUUGGUUUAGAAUUGGAUCGUUAGAAAUUUUGGCUCAUUAUGGUGAACUGGAUUUACUACGGACAUUAUUAGACUUUAUCAUACAGGAACAUUUCCCUUCAGUGGAUGUCGGAGAACCUAACAGAUAUGUGGAUUUUUUUUCUGUUGUGGUAUCUGAGACAGCGCAACUUAUUGCCUUGUGGACAUCGGUUGGUUUUGCUCAUGGUGUUUGUAAUACUGAUAACUUCAGUUUGUUAUCCAUUACAAUUGACUAUGGUCCAUUUGGUUUUAUGGAGGCCUAUAAUCCAGAUUUUGUACCAAACACAUCUGAUGAUGAAAGAAGAUAUAAAAUAGGAAAUCAGGCCAAUAUUGGGAUGUUUAAUUUAAACAAGUUGUUACAAGCUCUAAACCCGUUACUGGAUCCUAGGCAAAAGCAGCUUGCUGCUCUGAUUCUUGAGGGGUAUCCUGACCUUUAUUAUACAAGAUUUAGAGAACUAUUCAAAGCCAAACUGGGGUUACUUGGAGAAAGGAAGGGUGAUGAGGAUUUGAUUGCAUUUCUCUUACAUCUCAUGGAAAAGACAGCAGCUGAUUUUACCAUGACGUUUCGGCAGCUCAGUGAGAUUACUCAAAGCCAGUUACAGGAGCUCAACAUUCCUCAGCAAUUCUGGGCACUGCAGACGAUUUCAAAGCACGAACUCUUUCCUGCCUGGGUGUCCCAGUACCUGCUGAGACUGAAGAGUAACAUGAAUGAUUCAGAUUCUGAAAGAAGAAAAAGAAUGAUGACUGUUAAUCCCAGAUAUGUGCUGAAGAACUGGAUGGCAGAGUCUGCAGUGCGAAAAGCAGAAAGGAAUGAUUUCUCAGAGGUGCGUCUCCUUCAGCAAGUUCUUCAGCAUCCUUUCCAGAAGCAUUCCACAGCUGAGAAAGCUGGCUACGCCUCACCUACUCCUUCUUGGGCUAAAAAUCUCAGAGUCAGCUGCUCGUCUUAAUUUGGGGAAAAUCAAAUAAGGAAGACUCCAACACUGAACACAACAUAGAAUAAUCUAUUUGGUAAAUUCUUAAUGACCAUAUACAUGAUGACAAUCCUGCAUUUUUUUAUAGUGAUUAUAUACAAAAAUAUUUUUUAAUCAAAUAAACUAGACCUAUUCUUCAGAA